AAAUGUCGCCGAAUUCUCAACCAGUCUUCAUGGUAAUUUUUAUUUGUUCGCAUGGUAUCCGUGUAAACUUAAAAAUUGUUACCGAAAUAGCUGUGAAUCAUGGUUAAAACGACUACGUUGGUCGUUACGGGGCUAAUCUUCAUCGGUCUUGGUGCAUUUAUAGGAUGGUACGGAUUCCCGAAGAUGCUACAUUCGAAAAUUACACAGGCAAAAAAUCUCAAAAAAGGAACAGAAAAUCGGAAAAACUGGGCCAAGUUUCCACUUGCUCUGGAUUUCAAAAUAUACAUAUACAAUGUUACAAAUCCUGAUGAAGUACACGUAGGAAAAAAGGCAAUUGUUCAACAAGUUGGACCGUUCUUUUACAGAGAAUGGAAAUCGAAAGCCAAUUUGGUCGAUGAUCCGGAAGCAGACACUAUAACAUACAACAUGGUCAAUACAUGGUAUUUUGAUGAAGAAGAAAGUAAACCACUGACCGGUGAUGAAGUUCUAGUCAUUCCUAAUAUUCUUAUUUUGACGUUCGCCACAUUGACCAUGCAAACAAAGCCGGGAGCUUUAAAUAUGAUAAACAAAGCAAUACCACAACUAUUUGGGAAUCCAAAAAAUAUUUUCAUGACUACUACAGCGAAAGAAUUUCUUUUCGAAGGAGUUCUGAUCAAUUGUACACAAUCGAAAGAAUUUGCUGUAAACACCGUAUGCGAUCAAAUACGAGCCAAACCCGCCGGACUGGAAGUCAUAGACAACGACUACUUCAAAUUUUCCAUAUUCGGCACGAAAAAUAAUACUCCAGAUGAAAACUCAUUAACUGUAAAACGAGGUAUUGUAGAUAUUCAAGAUGUUGGUAAAGUUGUCUUAUACAACGGUAAACCAGAGAUGGAGUUUUGGAGUGGACCAAAGUGCAACGAAAUCAAAGGAACAGACACCACAAUUUUCCCACCUUUUAUGGAUACUAAAGACGUUUGGAAUUUCGGCGCUGAAAUAUGCAGGUCACUAGCGGCGAAAUAUGUCGGUCCCACGGUAUUCAAAGGUAUUCACGGUUAUCACUACACAGCCGAUUUGGGAGAUAUGUCUACUGAUCCAAAUUUAAAAUGUUUCUGUCCAACGAAUGAUACGUGUUUGAAAAAGGGUGCUUUCGAUGUCACAAAAUGUACAGGGGCUCCGUUGGUCUUAACUCUACCUCAUUGUUACGGAUGUCACGUUGAUUAUAUGAAUGGAGUAACUGGAAUGAAUCCGAGUGAAGAACUUCACGGAAUCUACAGCACUUUCGAACCGAUAACUGGAACCCCAGUAGCAGGUAAAAGACGACUACAAUUCAACAUGUUUGUUCAGCAAAUUAAGAAAAUCACUGUUAUGAAGGAAUUAGCCCCAGAACCUUUUCUCAUGCCUUUACUUUGGGUCGAUGAAGGAUUAGAACUUAACGAUACAUUGGCAAGGACGGUGCGAAAUGCCCUAUAUCGACCAAUUAGAAUAGUCAAAUAUGGCCGAUAUAUUUUGAUUGGAUUUGGAUUAUUCUUUAUUGUUAUGGGCGUCAUAGUGUUUUACAGAAAAACCAAACUUAAUCCUGAUGGAUCCGUUACGGAUGACAACAAGACUACAAUUACUCAAGUUAGUCCAGCUUACUAAUGAAGAAAAGUAUAACUACUGAAAACCCAAUGUGAAUGUAAGGUAGGUAGUUCUGUGUAAAAACAAUGUAAUAUUAUUACAUACCUACGUAUUUUAUAUAAAAAUUCGAACCGAAAAAAGAAAAAACCGAAUGCAGAUUAAAAUGUAUCGAAUAUACAUUUAUGAACCCAUUUAAAUUGUACACAGAUUAGUGUACCUAUUUAGCAUAAACGUAAAUAAAUACACGAAAUUACCAAUCGAUUAAUGGAGAAUUUUCUUCCGAUUUCUAUUGAAGGAAAUAUAUCUCAACAAAAAUAAUAUUGUUAAAAAAGCGAAUAGAUAUUUAAUUUUCUACGUAUUCUAAGUAAGUCUAUAAUGAUUUCAUGACUUUACUGAAGAUAAGGUUAUCCCAAGAAUUAUUAUUUUUUUUUACAUCUAGGUAUUGUAUAUUAUUAAGUAUUAAUUCUGUUUACUUUUAAGAGUAACUAGUUAAAUUGACUGAUCGCGUAGAAAAAUUGAAUCGAAGUUACAUUAUCCACAGAAAAUCAUAUUUAAAGAAAAAAAAAUUGUCAUGACGUACUGCAAAAAUUUUAAUAAGGCUUCUAGAGUUAUGAUGGUCACAUACGCGUUGCCUGAUUGUUUAAUUGCAUCAUCAUUAACAGACCCAAAGUUUUGUUUUUUAGGUAUAUUUUAUUAUUAGAAGACUGAAAUCAGACAGAGUUUUUGACCAUCAGCCCUCAGCCCAUCACAUUAGGUACUUUAAAAAUAUUUUUACAUGAUAGAUAUAAGUACAUGGGAAGUACUGAAUUCAAAAGUUCUAAAUUUUGAAAAGAAUAAACAGAAUAUAACACAACGGUGAAGUGAAAGCACAAUAAAAUAAUGUGAUCUAGAAGUCCUUCAGUCUAAAUAAUUUUUCCUUUUUCACUAUUUUCAACUAAAUAAUUCUUGACACCCAGUAUAAGACUUCAUUAAAUAACUGUACAAAUUAGAAAUAACUAAUUUAUGAUUGGAAAGGAUAUGGACAGUAAGUGUAAAGUUUUUUUUUUUUUUUUUUUUUAAUUAUUGUACCUAUCUAAUUUAUUGCACAUACGAUAGUAUUUCAAUUUGAAAAAACUAUUACAUACCUAUCCAUUUUUGAUUUUCAUAAAAAAUUUGAAUCUUUGUAAAUAGAUACAUUAUUUUGUUUUAGUGGCAUUGAUUUCUCAAAAUUGAAUAACAAGACCAAAGUUACACUACAGCCCAAAUUUAGGCGUUAUCUUGCAACUACCACCUGCUACCCAUGUGCGUCUUAUUUGUCUUUAUAAUAGUCCCUAUAAUUUUGAAGAUUCGUCAAAUAAGUUCGUAAUGUCUUACGUUACUUACCUUCCAUGAAUUCUAUUGCUACUGUGAUUACGAUGGCAAAGGGUACCCCCGGAUAAGACAGAUAUAUGUAUAGGCAAAAUGCUCUUAACCUCGGAUUUUGAUGAAACUCACAGGGUAUGUUUAGUACCCCCAAAAAAUAAUUUUGGGCCCAUAGCCCGCUCCCCACCCCACCACCCUUAGACAGGGGGGGGCCAAAAAACGCGUUUUUCAGGGGGAAAAUUCUGUAUCAGCGCGUAAUCAAGAUACAUUUAUUCUGUAAACGAAUAUAGUUAGAGGGUACACGGGGGUACCUCCCAGCACGCUGAACAACUUGGUUCUCUUCGAUUUCCGCCAUUUGUCCAUAUUUUUGGAGAAAAACGUAAAAAACGUGUUUUUUUUUAGAGUUUUUUGAGCUUUUGAGCUUGACCCACCACUCCAAAUGGCCGGGUGAUGACUUCUACAGAAAGUAGACCUAAAGAUACAUAUUUGACGAAAAAAUCGUUUUGGUAUGUUUUUUCGUUCCGGAGUAAUGUUGAUUUAAAGUUUUCUUUUGUCCACCCUUCUCCCCCCAUGCGAUGAAAAAUUCUGAAAAAAUUCUGGGAGGUACCCCCAUGUACCCUCUAACUAUAUUCGUUUACAGAUUUUUCCCCUGAAAAACGCGUUUCUUGGCCCCCCUGGCUGAGGGGGUGGGGUGGGGAGCGGGCUAUGGGCCCAAAAUUAUUUUUUGGGGGUACUAAACAUACCCUGUGAGUUUCAUCAAAAACCGAGGUUAAGGGCAUUUUGCUUAUCUUAUCCGGGGGUACCCUUUGCACAAGUUUUCAACUAACAGAACCCAUUAUUCACAUUAAAAUUGCAUUUAUUUAUCAUUAUUUUAUUGUAAUGUCAUGUUAAUUAAUUUUUAAAAUAAAUACGUACCCUAAAUUGUACAGUUUCGAUUAAUUAUCUAAACGUAACUAUCCAGCAAUACUUUAAAAAAAAUAAUCUUUUGUACUUAAAUAAUUUUAUCAGCAGAUAAUACUGUAUUAUUUUUUAAUUGUUGAAUUAUGGUAAUAAAAAUUACUCUUAUAAAA